GACGAUGAAACUGAAGAACUUCAGGAUAUUAAUGAGUUAUUAAUUAUGGGAGAUGCAGAAAAUAUAGAGGAUUUUAUUAGUCUUCCACCGCAUCAUCGAUGUGUCAGUCAUACAUUAAAUCUCAUCGCGGUAAAAGAUACCGAAACAGCAUUGGAGAACGACUUACAGUAUAAGAAAAUAUAUAGAACAACUUUCGCAAAAUUGACAAAGUUAUGGAAUAAACAAAACCAAUCAACUCAAGUGGCUGACAGAAUUAAAGAAGCAUGUGACGUAUAUUUAAAAACUCCGGUUAUCACAAGGUGGAAUUCUACAUUUGACUCUGUAUGUCAGUUAGUAUCUCUCUUAAAAACUAAAUCUGAUAAAAUAAAUCAGUGUUUUGAUUUCUGCAAUUUGCAGAGGUUAACAGAUAAUGAAAUAAAAUUUUUAGAAGAUUAUUGCCAGGUAAUGGAACCUUUGGCUCGUGCGUUAGAUAUUCUACAAAGCGAUUUGGGGAUGUAUAUGGGCUACCUAUUACCAGUUUUGAAUACCUUACAACAAAAAGAACAGAGUUUUAUUGAAAAUGAACUUAACUGUCAUUCAUUAAUUAACGCUAUUCUAUCGGGUUUAGAUAAAAGAUUCUCCGUAAUGUUUGAAAGGAAAGAUUUACUUAUUGCAAGUUGUCUACACCCAAAGUUUAAAUUAAAUUGGUUAACCGGAGAGAGAAGAAAGUAUGCUGAAAGUUGUUUACAACAGUUAUUCGGAAUCCAAUCGAAAGAUAAUUCUCCAGAUAUGAAAGAUACAACUGAUGAACACGAUGAUUUUUUCGAAUUUCAUCGGCAAUCGAAUGAAUCUAUCGAAGAGGAAUUACAACGAUUUCUAAGAUCAAAAAAAUCUAAUAUUGAAAUGCUACAUGAAUAUCCAAAGAUUAAAAAACUCUUUAUUAAAUAUAACACCGCACUCCCUAGUAGUGCUUCUGUAGAAAGAUUAUUCAGCGUGGGAGGCACUGUAUUAAAACCGCAAAGAAGUCAUCUUAACGAUGAUUCUAUGGAGCAUCAGUUACUUUUGAAAAUUAAUAAAUCAUUUUGGUGAAAUUCAAAAAA